UUUGCUAACCUUGCAGGUUUGCUUUGGUUCUGUCAUGUGAUAAUUUCCUCCACAGCCAACAGACAAACAAACCGCUUCCAAGACGAAAAACUCACAGGGAGGAGAGUCUGAACUUGCUGGAAGGCUAUAAUGGGGUGCUGUUUCAGCACCGGUAGCAACCAGGCCGACUAUGUGAAGCCAUUGAUUUCUGACCCAAGUUUAGACCCCACCAAUGGCUCGGAGCAAAACACAGACAGCCUGCUGUCCAACCACACAGAUGAACAGGCCCUACUCGCGAUCUUGCAGCAGACAGCCUUGAGCAUAAUUGAUGUGUCAGCUGUUGUUUCUCAAGGCCUGGAGCAACGUGAAUACAUGGACAGAGCCAGACAGUACAGCACCAAGCUGGAGGUGUUGAACAAAACACUGUCACAGAACAAGCCGGAUCUUUUCCCGUCCUUGACCAGCCAACCUCACCAGGUGCUCGCUGCUGACCUGGUCACCUAUGCAGAUAUACAGCAGGUUUCUAAGAUCGCUGCCUACGCCUACAGUGCCAUCUCACAAAUCAAAGUAGAUGCCAAGGAUGAGCUGGUGGUGCAGUUUGUUAUACCAUGAUUUUUCUCAGAAGGACUGUUGUACAAUACACUAAAGGACAGUACAAUACACUAAACACACUGUACUUUGGUUCCUCACAGUCUUGUCAGCAUGCCCUGUCUAACAAUUAAUCAUACUGUCAACGAGUGUUUAGGAUGGGGAGGUAUGUUUGAAUUGUCAUGGUGGGAAUUUGUAGAUUGUAAAUAAUGUUUUCGUAUCAAUGCCUUUAAUGUACAGAGUGUAAAAUUAAUCGAGAUGAAUGAUUAAAAUACUUGUGUAGCAGGAAGUGUAAAUGUCUCUAUGGCGCCCCCUGGAGGCAUUUGUAGGCCUUUGCGAUCAAUGGCUUGUUUUUAGCUAAGCAAACAUGGACACUUUUAACAUAAUAAUAUGAUAUUGCUUAGUCCAGCCUUUUUUUCUGUUGUUCUGAGAAACAAGGGACAAAAACUGUGAAUUCGAACAACUAGCGUUUUUGAAAUGCGACACACUGUGUUUGUGUAAUUAUUUUGACUUUGUUUUUAUGCAAGCUCACAGACACCAUUAGUUCUCUAGAUCAUGGCAAGGCACUUUUGUCUUUCUUUGAUGUUUUAAAAGGGAUACUUUUUCUGUUUGUUUUCUGUUGCAGUGUACUAACAGUGUUCAAGUUUGUUACCUAAAUGUGAAAUACUACCUGAUUUACAGAGAUAACUCUUCUUAGGCUAGCACCAGAAAUCUUGGUAUUUUGUAAAAACAGUUUUUUGUUGAAUAAAAUUACACAAUAA